GGAAGGCUCCAGGAGAUGGGAUAUUUAAGAUGCUGUGAAAUCUUAUAGUGCAGAUCACAGAACAAAGACAAACUGAGAAAGUAAGGAAGAAAAAGUCUCCUUCCCCAGACUCCAGCAGCAGAAGGAAAACAGAAUAUAUUUUUUCCUCGAUAAGAAGUCAUACGACUUAUCAGUAUCCUUCACUGGAACGGAAUUCCAGCGCACACUUAUAGAUAAGCAAGAUGAAUUUUAAUUAUUUUGCAUUGACCAGUAUUUUUAUAUUCUGCCUUGGAGCUUGCCCUGCCCUGACGCAGAAGGCUCAGAAGAAGAAGAUUAUUGGUGCCAAUGGACUGUUGAAGGCACCUGGUUGUUGUGAAGAGGUGAAAGACUUGAAAGUGCAGAUUGCCAACCUCACCAGCCUCCUGGCAGAGCUGACCAAGAAGCAAGAGAACGACUGGGUGAACGUUGUCAUGCAGGUGAUGAAGCUGGAAGGAAGCCACAAGCAAAUGGAGACGAGAGUGACCGACGUGGAAGGAAAGUACUCAGAGAUGAACAACCAAAUGGACAUCAUGCAACUACAAGCGGCGCAGACCUUAACACAAACCUCGGCAGAUGCAGUAUAUGACUGCUCUUCACUUUUCCAGAAGAAUUACAAGAUCUCUGGGGUCUACAAACUUCCAGCAGAUGAUUUCUUGGGAAGUUCAGAGCUUGAGGUGUUUUGUGACAUGGAGACGCAAGGUGGAGGCUGGACGCUAAUACAGAGACGAAAGGUCGGCCUGACCUCCUUUAACCGUGACUGGAAGCAGUAUCGUGAUGGAUUCGGCAACAUCCGUGGAGACUUCUGGCUCGGAAAUGAGCAUAUCUUUCGCCUAACAAGGAGGCCAACUAUUCUGAGAGUUGAGUUAGAGGAUUGGGAAGGACGUGUCCGAUACGCAGAAUACGACCAAUUCUCAAUCAGUAACGGGCAAAACAGCUAUCGUCUCUUCUUGGGGAAUUACAGCGGCAAUGCCGGCCGAGACUCCCUUCGCUACCAUAACAACACCUCAUUCAGCACCAAGGACAAAGAUAAUGACAAGUGCCUGGAUGACUGCGCAGGACUGCGUAAAGGUGGAUAUUGGUAUAACUGCUGCACUGACUCUAAUCUUAAUGGCAUCUACUACCGCAAUGGAGAUCACACCAAGCACCCGGAUGGGAUUAGCUGGUAUGGGUGGCACGGAUCUUCCUACUCUUUGAAGAGAGUGGAAAUGAAAAUACGCUCGCAAGACUUCCAGCCCUGAGGGAUAAACCAUGACAAUUAUAUGUGUAAAGCAGCCAAUGACCUCAACCAAAGCAGCGCCUAUUCCUUCCCCGGCGCAUUUAAUUCCUUUUCUUUCUUGUAGAAUUCACCUGCACUGUGUAUGUAAUGAGCUAAAUGGAUGGAGAGAUGAGGAAUCGACCAUCCUGAGAUAUGGCGACAGCAGCUAGGGAUGCAAAAUAAGCUCCUCUUGCAAUAAAGAGAUGUGUGUGUGAUGACUUAGGUCUCCUGAUGACAGUGACAGAAAUGCUUAAUGUCCUUCAAAGAGUUUAAGAGCAAUGAACUGAGGGGUGAAAUAAACACUGAACCAAGACCAUCUCUGGGAAUUCCAGUCCCAGGGGAAAAGAGAUAUUUAAAGAAUAAAAGUGAAAUGAUCCCCAUGACAACCACUAGGAGGCAUAUCUAUGUCCCAUCACAAUCUAGUAGAGUGUUAUUCUAUAAACUUGCCACCCCAUGUAAAGAUGUGUAUAUAGACCAUUCCUCGCGAUGUGAUUGCUUUAGAAUACUGUAAAGUCUAUUUUUAUUUCUUUCAAAAAAAUAACUGGAAAGAACAGAACGUAUUGUGGCCUGAUGGUCAAAAAAUAAACUUUUUUU